AUGUGGUUUGGGCAUCCCGAUUUUAUGCGUGUGGUUGAAGAUAGUUGGGAGGAACCUAUUGUGGGUUCACCAGCCUUUAUAUAUUCUCAAAAAUUAAAGCGUCUUAAAAUUGCAAUGAAGUUGUGGAAUCAAGAAGUUUUUGGUAAUGUUGAUGUUAGGCUGAAACAGGCUCAGCUUAGACUUGAAAGUUCAAUGCGUUUAUCGGAUGAAGACCCUUCGGAUGUGGACAAAUUGAACUCGAUGAGAAGUGUGGCAGUGGAUGUUAAUGAUAUUAGAAUGCAACAAGUCAUUAUGUUGAAGCAAAAAUCCAGAAAUCAGUGGUUAGUUGAAGGGGCUAGUAAUUCUAAUUUCUUUCAUAAUUCUAUUCGUAUUCGUAGGAGUAGUAAUACUAUUUCGGAAUUGGUGGAUGCUAAUGGGGUAACGGUGACUGAUUAUAAUCAGAUUCGUAACCUUAUUGUUGAUUAUUAUGAGGCAAAGUUUAAUGGUGAUGAUUCAGUUCCAGUUGAAGCUCUUUUUAAUAUUGAUUAUAAUAGUAUUUCUCUUGAGGAGAGUGCUAGAAUGGAUCAGUUUCCCUCAAUUGAUGAGAUUCAUGCAGCGGUUUUUGAUUUGGGUGCGGAUAGUGCGCCAGGGUCGGAUGGGUUUGCUGGUUUUUUCUAUAGGCAUUGUUGGGAGAUUAUCCGGGAGGAUUUGAGAGGUGCUAAUACUCUUCGUAACUUUAGGCCGACUGGUCUUAGUAAUUUCUUUUUUAAGAUUUUUACUAAGAUUUUAGCUACGAGGCUUGGUAGUGUUUUGGAUAACUUGAUUUCUGAGGAACAAGUGGCGUUUAUGAAAGGGAUAAAUAUCCAUGAAAAUAUUAGUCUAGCUUCAGAGAUGGUGAAUGAAACGCAGAUUAAGCGGAAGGAUGGUAAUGUUGGGUUAAAACUUGAUAUAACUCAGGCAUUUGACGCGGUUAGUUGGACUUUCAUCUUGGAGGUGUUUCGAAAAUAUGGUUUUUCUGAGAGUUGGUGUGACUGGAUUCUCCAAAUUCUCAUGUCUGCUAGAAUUUCGGUUCUCGUCAAUGGUAGCCCGGAAGGUUUCUUCAGUAUUGAUAGAGGGCUUCGUCAGGGUGACCCUUUGUAG